UUUGCUUCACACGAAAAUACUACAAUACAUUAACUUGUAUUAUAUAUAUAUAUAAUAUGAGUAAUUUCGUUAUUCAAUUCCAUCAUUUUCGAUUUGAUUUCAUCUUUUUUCGUUUGAGAAAUUGCGGGGUAACUACUCGGGAGUCGGAACAGAACACUCUCGACACUCCAUUCCUCUUCUUGCCUUCAUCUUUUAUAUAAAGUUUAACAACCAAGAAUUCAAGUUCGUUCUCUCAUAAUCGCCAGAUGAAGAAAACCCAGUUCGUCUUACUCUUUUUUGUUCUUUCUCUUGCCAUUCAUGUUUCUAACGCCAACCAAAUCAAACCCUUUUCCGAUUUCACUUCCAUUCAUCACUUCCUUAACAAAACCCAACAAUGGCUAACCACCCACCAAGCCCCUUUCCAUCAAACCCAUCUUCCCAUUUCUCCUCCCAUUGUAGUUGCCGGAGUUCUCUGUUUUAUCGCUGCUUCUUUAUCCAGCGCCGGCGGGAUUGGCGGCGGCGGCCUUUAUUUACCUAUUUUGACGAUUGUAGCCGGUGUUGACCUCAAAACAGCCUCAAGUCUCACGGCUUGUAUGGUAACUGGAGGGUCGAUUGCGAAUGUGUUGAGUAAUUUCUUUUCCAAAUCAGGGGGGAAAUGUUUGAUUAAUUUUGAUAUUGCUCUUUUAACUGAACCUUGCAUGUUGUUAGGAGUGAGUAUUGGAGUUAUAUGCAACCUUUCGUUUCCUGAAUGGGUUACUACUAUUUUAUUUGCUAUUUUUCUUGCUUGGUCUACCUUGAAAACUUGUAAAAGUGGGAUGGUGUAUUGGGAAAGGGAAUCUGAAGGGCUUAUGAAUAAUGGGUGUAAAUUAGAAGAUGGAUUACAGAAUGAAAACGAAGCUAAACUUGUUGAAGAACCUCUGUUGCCUACACAAGAAAAUUGUAGAUCGAGAUUUCCUUCAAUGAAAUUGGGGGCUUUGGUUCUUGUCUGGUUUUGUUUCUAUCUCAUUUAUCUUCUUCGUGGCGACCAAGAUGGAAGGGGUCUUUUACCAAUCGAGACAUGUGGAACGGGUUACUGGAUUCUCUCUUCGGUUCAAGUUCCAGUGGCCAUAGCUUUCACUCUCUGGAUUCUUUACAAACAGAAGAGCCCUCAGUCUGAAGAUUCCUCUCAGAAGGAGUUAGAAGAAGCGCGGCCAGUGGUUGAACCAUCAAAGAAACUGAUCUUCCCAGUAAUGGCAUUUUUAGCUGGGAUUUUGGGUGGCAUGUUUGGGAUUGGUGGUGGCAUGCUCAUAAGCCCUUUCCUUCUUCAAGUUGGAAUAGUUCCUGAGAAAACGGCUGCAACUUGCUCCUUCAUGGUGUUCUUCUCGGCUACAAUGUCAGCUGGCCAGUAUUUGCUGCUGGGAAUGGAGCAUGCUGAAAUUGCAAUCAUCUUCGCUAUCAUUUGCUUCAUCGCUUCCGUGCUCGGGUUAGUAGUAGUUCAGAAGGCGAUUCGCGAUCACGGAAGAGCAUCUGUCAUAAUCUUUUCAGUUAGUAUAGUGAUGGCUUUGAGUACUGUUUUGAUGACCACAUUUGGUGCCCUUAAUGUUUUCAGGGACUACAUUGCUGGAAACCCUAUGGGAUUUAAAUCACCUUGUUAAAAGAAAACAAUCCUUUUUUUUUCUUUUCUUUUUUGUUCUUUUUCAAACAGGUUCUUUGCAAAGUUUAAUGGUUUGAGGGAAUUUGUAUGAAUGUAAAAAAGUGAAUUUUGAAUUUUU